CCCUUCUCCCAAAAUCUUUCUCCUCCCCCUCCUUUCUCUGCUCAGAUGCGCCCUCCCCCUUCUCCAACCAGGCUCCGAGCGGGGGGCGACUGUGCUCCGUAGCCCCCCCCGCCCCCCGCCCAGCGCUUCGCAGGCAGCCCCCCCUCCGCCAGUGGGAUCCGCCCCCGCGACACCGCAGCAAUGCCUUGUGGCGUGGCCUUGAUCUUGGUGGCUGCGACGUGGGCCGUGGCCUCCCCUGCCGACGGAUGCAACAAGGCACUGUGUGCCAGUGAUGUUAGCAAGUGCUUGCUGCAGGAAGUGUGCCAGUGCGAAGCGAACCACGCUGGCUGCCCGUGCUGUCAGGAGUGUGCCUUUUGCCUGGGGAAUUUGUGGGAGUCGUGCUGCGAAUGUGUGGGUCUCUGCGACGAACGCCCCGCCUCAGCCCCCCGCUCAGCCCAGCGAAGCUCCAUGCACAACCUGAUGUCCCCCGUCCCCUCGCUCUUUCGGGCGCUCAUGGCCAUCUCUGACAACGACCCCCCUGUGGGAUGGAGCAUCCUCACACUGCCGGUCGAAGAGGAGUUGCGGCAGAACCAUGCGGACACCAGCCACCUACUGCUGGGGCCACAUACAGGCCUGACCCCCUCAGACGCGAAGGGCCUUAACACCACCGCGCCUCCCUGCCAGGCGAUCUUCUUCAACGAGUGCCUGUCCAUGAGCCGAUGCCGCGCGGCCUGUCAGUCGGUCGGGGCCUGGCGCUACCGUUGGUUCCACAACGCCUGUUGUCAGUGCUUGGGGCCGGACUGCCGGGGCUAUGGAGGAGCGCAGGCGCAGUGUUCCAAUUGCCGGGAAUAAGGCUCCUGAUCUCUCUCUCUCCGCCACGGGCCCCGUGCGCCAGUGGAUCCUUUCCCAUUUGUUCCCGUCUUUUCUCUCUCUCUGCGCUCCCUCCUUCUUUUAACCGAAAGAGGUUUCGUCAAUCUCUGGUUACUAAGGCGAUCCUUCUUCUCUUUUCCCUGUGCCAUUCCAGAAGGUCUCCUCACAAGAGAGCCAGUGCGGUGUAGUGGUUAAGAGCAGGUGCGCUCUAAUCUGGAGAACCGGGUUUGAUUCCCCGCUCUGCCGCCUGAGCUGUGGAGGCUUAUCUGGGGAACCAGAUUAGCUUGUGCACUCCAGCACAAGCUGGAUUCCUUCUCUUUUCCCUGCGCCAUUCCAGAAGGUCCCCUCACAAGAGAGCCAGUGCGGUGUAGUGGUUAAGAGCAGGCGCACUCUAAUCUGGGGAACUGGGUUUGAUUCCCCGCUCUGCCGCCUGAGCUGUGGAGGCUUAUCUGGGGAACCAGAUUAGCUUGUGCACUCCAGCAAAAGCUGGAUUCCUUCUCUUUUCCCUGCACCAUUCCAGAAGGUCUCCUCACAAGAGAGCCAGUGCGGUGUAGUGGUUAAGAGCAGGCGCACUCUAAUCUGGAGAACUGGGUUUGAUUCCCCGCUCUGCCGCCUGAGCUGUGGAGGCUUAUCUGGGGAACCAGAUUAGCUUGUGCACUCCA